AAACGCUGUUACUGUUCGAAUCUUGCAGGCGACCUACACCUCGUUUGAUCGCCACACGACUCUUCACGUCUUGUUCACGCCUGUAUACUCUCUGUAUACGCCGAGAAUACGAAAAUGCCAUCUUCUUACUCUCCUAAGUCACUUUCAGAUUGGAUCAAACCCUCUCGUAAUGAAGCAAUUGCACGGCUACGGACAAAUGCUAUAGCAUUGGUCGCGCUCUUCAUCGUGACACACCUUGCUCCUCUGCCGUCUCUAUGGACCGCAUUUCAUGUAGUGUCUACACGCGCCGAAGUUGGGCCAAUUUGGUGGGCAUUAUGUGUCAUUGAGACGUUAAUGCUUGCUGUAUUGGGAACUAAUAUCGUGCAAUGUUCCUACGCGCUUCAAUAUCCUUCAACAAAAAUUAGACCACCGCCUUCCACUCCUACAAAAUUCAUGCCUCAAUCGCCGGCAUCCAAAACACCGCGUCGGCUAGGCAUCACUCCCACAUCUACACCUCAGCCACAAAGGACAUUUAACGCAUCCUACAUCACUUCACCAAUCUCAACGCCGUCGCGAACCUUGAAUUACACUAUUCCUCCAUCGGCCGGUUCGCCAUUUGACACCUUUCUGGAUACGUCAACUUCAAGCCUACCCGGAUCACCGAAUCCCAUAUUGAGUUCUCCUCUGGCGGCUUACAGAGGAAAACACAGUUCAAAUAUUGGUCGUGCAUUUGACGGAGACCUACUAAGUAGACUGACAAGACAUGAUGACGAUGACGACGAAGAUUGAUGUAUGGGUUUACGGGUUAGCGUUUAUCACGUAGCCGAUUACACCAGCACUCGCAAACAGGAUACUUCGGUGCGGACAUGGGUUGUCAUGCAAGUGGUAGAACUUCUCACUCAGUCUGGUAUCAAACCUUUCGUCCUGUCCUGUGAUCACUUGUUCGUUACACCACAUUAGGUUCCCUAAUCAAACUCCUAUCUGCUGGUUU